UGUCAAAUAUUUUCAAAUGUCAAAUUUUAACGGUUUUGUGUUUUCAACCAAAUUUUCUUUAGAUUAUUUUAACAAUUUUAAGCGUAUUUAUUUAAUAAUUUCGAUAAUGACCACAGCUGCUGUGAAAAACAAAUCUGCCAUAACGGUUAAGGGAUCAGCUGACAUAGUUUGUGACUAUUUAAAUUAUGGAAUUAACUCUAUCUUAUAUCAGAGGGGUUUAUACCCGCCUGAAAAUUUCAAAACUGAAGAGAAUUAUGGCUUGAAUAUACUUAUGUCCACGGACAAUAAGAUUAAAGAUUAUCUAAGUACAGUUUUGGGACAAUUAAAAGAUUGGCUAGCGAUGAGAAGAGUGAACAAAGUAGCUUUAAUUAUAACGAACGUAAAAAGUCUUGAAGUGAUGGAACGGUGGGAUUUCAAAGUUGAAUACGAAGGUGACACCGAAUUGGGAGAUGCACAAGUAUCGGAAAAACCCUUAAAACAAAUCAAAAACGAGAUUAGGGAUGUUUUGAAACAGAUCACUUCAUCAGUAACAUAUUUACCUUUGUUAGAUUGUAUUUGUAGUUUUGAUAUUCAGAUUUAUGCGAAAGAUGAUAUUGAAUUGCCCGAAGAGUGGGCUCAGGCCGAACCAGCUAAUAUUAAAAAUGCCCAAUCUGUGAAAAUGAGGUCGUUCUCUACAAAUAUACAUAAGAUGGAAACCAUUGUUACUUAUAAACUUGAAGACUGAAAUAGGUAGUAGUUUCUUAAUUUUUUUAAAUGUUAUUUUAUUAAGUUUGUUUACAGUUAGGCCAUGUUUCUUUUAAUUAUAAGUGAAAUUCUUUUUUUAUUAACUCGUUAGGGAUAGGAUAGUGCUGAAAUAAAAAACAGAAACAAAUAUAAAUUUUGAUGAUUUCUAUAUUUUUAUAUUUCAGUAAUAGUUGCGAAGCAUUUGUGUUAUAGUUCAUAACAGAUUUUGUUUUAAAAGGUAAUCAAUAAAAGUUGCAUUUACUGUGGCACCAAGUAAACAAAUUGGUUGAUAAAAAGUCUCUAUGUUGAAUGUUGUUAUAAAAACUUGCUAACAAUUUUAUUUAAUUAGGAUUUGAGUAAUAAUCACAGACAAAUUAGUAAUUUAGAUAUAAAAAACAUACUUGUAUAUGUAUUGUUAUUAGAGUUGGGGGUUGGAACUUUUUUUUUGGUGUUACAACAGCAAAAUAAAACACUAAUUCGCCACACUACACCAAAACACUUACUUUUGCACUGGAUGCGCGUUUCGCUAACCAUGUUAGCAUCAUCAGCAGACUAUUAAAUGCCAACUUUUAUUCAUUUUUCUAUAAAUAAUUUUCUUACAUGAUACAGUGAUUUUCAAAAUACUGGCAAGAUUUACAGUCAUAUAUUUCUAUAACAGAAAGACAAAAAAUCAAAAAAUAUUCAAAAUAUCUAUAUUUUCAUAGCACCAAAAAAGGGAAUUCAAGAUUUAUAGCACCUACAAUUUUAUAAUUGAAAUCAAAUUGAAAUAACUUGAAGAAUAAACCAGAUAUUAACUCAGCACUGGAAUAAAAAAAAAGUAAUUAUAAAUCUAAAAAGUCUAUAUUUUAACAUCAAAGUAUUUUCUUUAAGUAUAGUUUAAUGGACUAAUAAUACUGGCAUAUCCUUUUCUUGUAAAUAUUUAAUUCACUCGAAGCUGCAUAUUUUUAAUCAUUUAAUACUGAUUGUCCUAACAUUUCGAAUUAGAAAAACCACAUGAACAUUUUUUUUCAAAAUUUGUCUUGUCUCACUAAUUCAACUAAAUCCUUCUAUGAUUUUUUUCAUAUAUAUGGGAAUUAUCCAACUGAUAGCUCUCAAAUAUGAUUCUUUAUGAAAUAUUUAACAAUUUUUUUUUUCUUCAAAAAUUUAAAUAAAUUUAAAAAGUCAGGUUAAGUAAUCAUUUUCUUCUUUUAAUAUUUUGUGUUCUGUGCAGCCCGAGUUUAAUAAACUCUGUUAUCUUAGGAUCAAAAUUCUGAAGAGAAGAAAACGUCAUUUGUAAUUCUAACCCAACUUUUUUUGUUUACAUUUUUUUCUUGAAUUUAAAUUCUGGCAUCUCUACAAAUCUGGAAAUAUACAUCUUCAAAGUGAUAUCGGCGCACAGACAUAUGUAGCAACGAUUAUUAUAACAAUUAACAAUGUUCCUAUUACAAAUAACAAUGUAGUAAGUAGAUAAAAGCGAACGUUUUCUAAUCAUCUAUAUAACUUAUAAGGUAAAUACGACAAUCAGCUUAGAGAUUCACAGACUAAACUAAUUCAUUCAUAUAUCUAGCUGGUCGUCGUUAUCACAUUCUGCGAGUAUCUUAACAAUACAAAAUAUUUUUAGCAUAAAUUCCUAUUAAAAUGCCCCCUCCUUCAUGUUACAAUAAGUUACAAUAACUUUCUCUUUGUUAAUUUAGUCAAUAAAUAAUAUAUAAUGAGUAUUUACAUCAAUGCUAAGUCCUAAUGCAAGCAGCUUAUCUUUGGUAUAGUUUCGUUUUUCAUAAAAUAUAUAUGUUUCCAUAUAUGUCUUCUAUAGGUGUGUCCAAGACAUUGCAAGUUGUAAUUUUGUUCCUAAAAACGUAAAACCAAUAGUUAUUUAAUAAAUAUCCAAUGUUUCAAAGGCUUACCGUCGUAAGAGCUUGAAAUAAUUAUAUAUCUUCUUAAUAUCAAUCUGAAAUCAGUACAAAGUUUAUUUAAGACACUUGUAUAUGUUUUAUUAAGUGUAACUUCAUGCAAUCUAUUCUAGUUUGAAAAGAAUACUAUAUUUUUAUUAAAGCAGUUAGUAAAAUUAAGUAAAAAAUCAACAUAAAUAAAUAAUUUUUGUCAUAGAGAGGGUAUAGUGUAUAAUAAAUUAAAUACAAUGAUUAAAACGAUUAUUUUGCUAGAUAACUAAGGAUUUUUAGGAACUAUAGCCUCUCUUUAUGCUUAAAAAUACUAAUAAAACAUAAUUAAAUUGAAAAACUGCCUAUUUUUGGAGGUUUGAGGAUAACUGCAAUUUAACUAACUACUAUAGAGUGUACUAAAUCUACUAUAUAUCUACAAACAUGCCUAAAAAAUAAUGUUAAGUACAUCUGACUCACAACAAAUCUAAACAAAAUUAUUAUUGUCUAGUACAAAAUGAUUAGUAAGUUAUGUUUUUGGUUAAUGUUAGGUAUUUGUGCAAAAAUCAAAUUCAAAAAAACUCUUUUACUUACAUACCUAUCGAAAUUUGAAGUAACCAUCAUGGAACUAUAUAAUUGUAGGGGUUUUUCCAAUUACAGAUUAGAGAAAAAUAAAAUACAAUAGUUUUAAGUUUUUUCUAUUUUCUCUUUUAUUAAUCAAAAUGUUACAGCUAGACUUUUUGUUAUAUAUAAAUACUUUUUUGGAUUUCAGAGUUUGUUGUGAGUAUAGAUGUAAUAAAUAAAUUAAUUUAUGUACAAGAUUAUACAAAAAAAAUGGAGUAAUAUAUAUAGUUUAAAAAUGGU